AUACGGUAUCAUCGUUAUCCUCGCCAGUCGCCACUGAACACCCUCCCUCGCACCAAACCACAAAAACCAUAUUACACCCUACUGUUACACACAACGGCUUAUCUUCUUCAUUCUUCAAACACACCCACCAAAAAUGGAAGCUAAACCUCAUGAAUUCGAAAACCCUGAUUCUGAAAUCCCAACUGAAGACCAAUCGCACCUCUCCAUUGCUCCCUUUACCUCCAUUUCACUUUCUCUUCCCAUCCACUUCAUCUCCCCACCAAAAAUCUCACCUUUCCCUUCCCAAAUCCCUAAAUUUGUGAAAAUCCAUAAUCAAAUCUCUUCCCUUUGCAAUCUUUCUCUAUCUUCCAACACACUCAACCCCACCAAACCAUUCUUCAAGUCCACCGUCUCUGCAAACCCUCUUCAAAACCCAUUAUCUCUAAACCCUCGCCGCCCAUCUGACCCCUCCAAUGCAGCCGGCGGACGUCGCGCCUCCGUGGUGUGGUUCCGUAACGAUCUUCGCGUUCACGAUAAUGAAUCUUUGUCCUCUGCUAACAAUGAGUCAAUGUCAGUGUUACCAGUUUAUUGUUUCGACCCUAGAGACUAUGGGAAAUCUUCAUCUGGGUUCGAUAAAACCGGGCCAUACCGUGCAUCUUUCUUGAUUGAAUCGGUUUCCAAUUUGAGAAAGAAUCUUCAAGCCAGAGGGUCGGAGCUUAUAGUUCGAAUUGGAAAACCUGAAAAGGUUUUAGCCGAGUUAGUAAAGGAAGUAGGCGCAGAGGCAGUGUAUGCACAUAGGGAAGUGUCUCAUGAUGAGGUGAAGGGUGAAGAAAAGAUCGAGACAGCAUUAAAAGACGAAGGAGUGGAUGUAAAGUACUUCUGGGGAAGUACAUUGUACCAUAUUGAUGAUUUACCCUUCAAGUUGGAAGAAAUGCCCACCAAUUACGGUGGGUUUAGGGAGAAAGUGCAGGGGUUAAAAAUCAGGAAGACGAUUGAUGCACUUGAUCAGUUGAGAGGGUUGCCGGCUGGUGGUGACGUGGAGCCUGGUGACAUUCCUUCUUUGGUUGAUUUGGGUCUUAAUCCUACUGCUACCAUGAAUCAGGCGAAAGCAACUGCAAAUGCUUCACUUGUUGGAGGUGAGACUGAAGCACUUGAGAGGCUCAAAAAGUUUGCUGCGGAGUGCCAAGCACAACCUCAUAAAGAAGGAAGCAAUGAUAGCAGCAGCAUAUAUGGUGCAAAUUUCUCUUGCAAAAUCUCCCCAUGGCUUGCAAUGGGAUGCCUUUCCCCUCGUUCCAUGUUUGAUGAGUUAAAGAAAUCUGCUUCUAGGACCAUUUCUGCCCGCAAAGAUGGUGGUGAUACCGGGACCAACUGGUUGAUGUAUGAGCUCCUAUGGAGGGAUUUCUUCAGAUUCAUCACCAAGAAGUACAGUUCUGCCAAACAAAAUAAUGCUGCUCCAGUCACAGCUUCUACAACAGGUGCAGCAGUGGCAUGA